GACGAACAAAAUUUGUUGUUGACAAAACACGCGAAGUGCCGAGAAACUUUCCAGCAAGCGCCUAACUUUGGUCGAUUUUCAUAAUUUAGGAUCGUGACCACGGAUUCUGAUCAAAAUGCACGCCCUGCAAGAAUACUCAAGCAGUGACGAAGAGGGCGAAUCCGCCAAAGCAACGAAGGAUUCAACGUCAAAGGCAGACGUGGACGCCCUGGCACAUUUGAAGCCCAUUGACCCUGAAGGGGAAAAGUACUCUCAGAAAAGCAUGUUGCAAAUCUGUGCCGCUCCAGACGUCAUUCCCCAAGGCACUCAAGGCGACACAAUAAGGCACAUCGACGUGACGACCAAAGAAAUUUGUUACAAUCCAAAAUUUGAAGAAUUGUUUGCACCUGCCGUUGGCCCAGAUAAUCCCUUCAAAAGUGACCUUCAGAAAGCAAAUAAAAACAUUCUGUCGGGUUUCGUGGAAAAAGCGCACAUGAGCGACUUCCAGUUUGAAACUCAGCGUCGAACGUUUCACACUUACGGAUACGCAUUGGAUCCUACUGUGAGUGGCCAGCCUGAUGAUGGCAGGAGCUUUGUGGGUGCUUCCGACUUGGCUGAGGAAAAAAGCGGCCUUACGACUUUCGAGCCGACCGGCCAGAGGCCAGGAGACAAGAGAAAAAGAGUGCGAAAUGACCAGCCAGAGGACAUCGAGGGGUUCAUUGGGCCGUGGGGAGGUUUUGUGGAUGAAGUCAAAGUUGCAAAGCCUUCAGAGGAAGAGCAAGCCGAACUCGAGGAAUACUUGGCUAAAAAGCAAAAGAAGGGCAAACCUCAAGAAGAGAAGGCGUUUGAGGAGAAAGCUGUUAUGCACAUUUCCGAUCCUGUCGACUACCAAGGAAGAUCGUUCCUCCAUCCACCUCACGAUGUCGGAGUCAACCUGCGCUCGGACGCUCCACCCAGUCGUUGUUUCCUGCCAAAGACCCACAUUCAUUCCUGGACUGGACACACAAAAGGCAUUUCUGCCAUCAGGUGGUUCCCAAAGACUGCACAUUUGCUUCUCUCCAGCAGUAUGGAUGGCCGAGUCAAGUUGUGGGAAGUGUACAAUGAGAGGAGAUGCAUCCAAACGUAUUACGGCCACAGACAGGCUGUUAGGGACAUUUGCUUUAAUGCUAGCGGCACAGAAUUUCUCUCAGCAGGCUAUGAUAGAUACAUCAAGCUUUGGGAUACAGAGACUGGAAGAGUCAAACGUCGCUUUAGCAGUAGGAAAAUACCUUAUUGCAUAAAAUUCCAUCCUCUGCGGGAAAAGCAGCACUUGUUUGUUGCCGGAACUUCCGAUAAAAAGAUUAUCUGUUGGGACACUCGAUCUGGAGACAUUGUUCAAGAAUACGACCGACAUCUGGGUGCAGUGAACACGAUUACCUUUGUAGAUGACAACAGACGGUUUGUCACCACCUCCGACGACAAGAGUCUUCGAGUUUGGGAAUGGGACAUUCCCGUCGAUAUGAAAUACAUUGCCGAUCCUUCGAUGCACUCAAUGCCUGCCGUCACGUUGGCUCCAAAUUCCAAGUGGCUGGCUUGUCAAAGCAUGGACAACAAGAUUGUCAUCUUCUCUGCGCUCAAUAGAUUCAAGAUGAACAGGAAGAAAACCUUCACUGGGCACAUGGUUGCUGGUUACGCUUGCACCCUCGACUUUUCUCCCGACAUGAGCUACUUGAUAUCUGGAGAUGCUGACGGUAAAUGCUAUGUUUGGGAUUGGAAAACCACCAAGCUGUACAAGAAAUGGAAGGCACAUGACAACGUUUGCAUAGCAUGUUUGUGGCAUCCGCACGAGCCUAGCAAAGUGGUCACCGCUGGCUGGGACGGCAUCAUCAAAUACUGGGAUUGAAUUCCUUGUGUAUAUAAUUUAAUUUUUAUGCAGUUCAUCUAUUUUAAAUGUGGCAAAAUAAACAAAAUAAAAAUGUAAUUCGUA